AUGGGAAAUAUUAUUCCUUCCCAUUCUCCACCCCCGCUAUCUCAUCUCAAUCCUUACUUCCAUUAUCUUGUUCCAGCUAUUGCUCAUGAGGUUUUCAUUAAUCACCGCGGAAAGAAUACUAAACAGUCUGUAGCAAGUUUAGUGUAUCGUACUCUUCAUAAUAGAGGAUUUAAAGUGUUUUUGGACGAAAGUUGUCUUCGAGCGGGGCAAUACAUACCCCAAGCUAUAACUUAUGCAAUAUUCAGCGCUUCAGUUCAUGUUGUAAUCUUGUCUCCCAACCAUGCUCAAUCUGAGUGGUGUUUGGAUGAGCUAUUUUUGACCAUUCAAACCGGAGCUCCAAUUGUCCCCGUGUUUUGGAAAAUUCGACCCUCUGAGGUCCGAAUGGAAGACAAGAAUGGAGUGUACGCGAAAGCUUUCCGAGAGCAAAAGCGGGAUGGAAAAUUCAAUAGUCGAACGCUUGAGAAAUGGAAAGCUACUCUGCGCAGGGUUUCACUACUGAAAAGCUUUAUUGUUGAUGGGUAA